AUGGAACCGCUUACAACCCCUGAUCCGGUCCGGUUCUCCAAGGCCGUGGGGCUGUCCUUCAUCGGCUCGAACACAAGCGGCAAGAUUUGGUUGUUUGCGGAAGAAGGUUCUACUUUUGAUAUUGAUUGGGACUCCGAACAAAUCUUUCACGGGAGGCUCAAGUCACAUCGCAUUGCUAGCCCUCUAGCUAUCUCGGCCGUGUACGCCAAAUGCACAAGAUCUGAGAGAUACCUUCUGUGGGAUAAGAUGAGAGAGAUCGCUGGAACCCUCGAGGGAAUACCAUGGAUUAUAGGUGGUGACUUCAACACCAUUCUAUCCCACCGGGACAGAACUGGGAGUGACACCAACCGGCAGGCCGAGAUGGUCGAUUUUGCGGAGGCAAUUGAGGAUUGCCGACUCGUGGACCCAGGGUUCGAUGGGACGGAAUUUACUUGGGCCAAAAACGGUCUAUUUGAACGGCUGGAUAGAGUGCUUGUUAAUGAGGCUUGGACUAGGGUCUUCGAGGCCACCCGAGUAACGAACCUCCCACGGAUCGCCUCGGACCACGGACCAGUCCUAGCACGAUGCAAAAUGCCGAACAUUUCCAUCGGGGAGAAGGCAUUCAGGUUCCAGAACAUGUGGAUCCGACAUGAGGGGUUUUUUGCUGUAGUUAAGAAUGCAUGGGAAGAGCCCACUGGGGCGGGCGGCCUUCUAAACAUCCAAAUUAAACAUUCCAGAGUUAAAAGAGCACUAAAGGAGUGGAACAAAGAGGUUUUCGGGAACAUCCACGUCAAUCUUGCGGACAAGGAGGAAGCCAUUGCCGUGGCCCAAUCCAACUUCGAGGACUUGCCUACACCCGUGAAUAGGGCAGUGAUCAACAAGCAUAUUGCCGAGUACAUCCUUUUGUUGAGAAUGGAAGAGGAUUUCUGGAGGCAAAAGACAGCUUUGAAAUGGCUAGCCGAGGGGGACAAGAACACCCGGUUCUAUCAAAGCUAG